AUGAUUGAAUAUCUGCUUGAGGGUCUGACCCCUGGGAAGGCCACUUUGUGGCUCCUGGGACUAUUCACUUUCUUCUGUGUUUUCCGCAAAAUCCAAGCCUCUGUUCAGAUCGCUCGCCUUGGUGCUAGAGCUCCUAAGAUUAGCUUCCGACUACCCUACGCUCUCGACUUCAUGUACUAUGGUCACAAAGCCAAUCUGGCACACAAGGACAUUGAAUUUUGGAACACGAAGAUCGUGACCGCCGGGGGUUUAUCGAACGUCAAAACUGCUGAGCUCGAUACUGGGAUUUCUACUCGGAUGGUCUUAACAAUCGAUCCAGAGAACACAAAAGCCCUCCUGACAGGACAAUUUGCGGAUUUUGGAAAAGGAGAGCCAUUCCACCGUGAUUGGAAAGAAUUUCUGGGCGACAGCAUCUUCACCACCGAUGGAGAAUUAUGGUCGCGGUCCCGCCAGCUCAUCCGUCCUAUGUUUUCCCGUGAUCGAAUCGUCGACACCGAGAUCUUUGAGAAGCAUGUACAAAAGCUCAUUCCGCUUCUCGGUGGGAGCCAUUCACCUCAUUCUAGCCGGGUUGUGGAUGUUGGAUCCCUCUUCUUCCGCUAUACCCUCGAUGCAGCGACCGAUUAUCUGCUAGGACAAGGCACAGACAGCCUGGAAAACCCAGCAACUCGCUUUGCGGAAGCAUUCAGAUUUGUGCAACAACGACAAGCCGAACUAUUUCGAUUUGGGGUCUUUAGCCCCCUCAUGUCACGCAAGGAGUUUCGGCAGAGCCUCAAAGUCAUGGAUGAGUUCAUCCAGCCUUACAUUGAAACAGUGCUAUCCCUGUCAACUGCCGAACUGGACCAGAAACUCUCGAAGCGUGAAACCUUCCUUGACGCCCUGGCUCGCUUUACUCGUGAUCCUCAAGUCCUGCGUGACCAACUAGUUGCCGUAUUACUUGCCGGUCGAGACACCACAGCCGGAACACUGUCCUUCUGUCUCUAUGAAUUAUCGCGACACCCCGAGGUCGUCGCCAAGCUACGCGAGGAGAUCCGCGACCAUCUGGGGGUCGGUGCUGAUGGCCAGAAGCCUAGCUACACCGAUCUCAAAGAAAUGAAGUAUCUUAGUGCGGUCAUCAAUGAGACUAUGCGCAUGUACCCGGUCGUUCCGUUCAAUGUCCGCUACUCGCUCCGUGACACUACACUCCCUCGCGGUGGUGGACCGGACGGCCUUGCCCCGGUUGGCGUUCGCGCGAACACUCGUGUUAUUUAUUCGACUAUGCUGAUGCAGCGGGAUCCUGAUCUCUAUGACGGUCCUGAUUCCAAGAACUACUUCGAUCCCGGGCAGUGGAUUCCCGAGCGCUGGAUUAAGGGGUGGCAGCCGCGUCCUUGGCACUUUAUUCCUUUCAAUGGUGGUCCUCGUAUCUGCAUUGGGCAACAGUUCGCCACUAUUGAGAUGGGAUACACCAUUAUUCGCAUAUUGCAGGCUUAUGAGCGUGUCGUCGCUCUUCCUGUCAGUGGCAAGGAUCGUGUCGAGGACCCUGUAAUGAGAUUUGAGGUGACGUUAAGCCCUGGUGCUGAAUUGAACUGCGUAUUUGUCAAAGAGGGAGAAGAUUAUGCACGCUCCAAGGAAAGUGCCUCUGCAUGGGAAGACAGGUGA